UACAGCUGAAUCAUGGCGUCCAUCAAUAUCUCCAGCAUUUACUCCAGGGUUUUUAUCCUGAGAGGGAUCCCAGACCUCGAGUCAUCUCAUGUGUGGAUAUCGAUCCCUCUCUUUAUCAUGUUUGUCUUAGCUAUAUCCGGGAAUCUCCUGAUGCUACUCCUUAUUAAGAUGGAGCCACGGCUCCACAACCCCAUGUAUUAUUUCCUCAGUACUUUGUCACUCACUGAUCUGGUUCUUUCGAGCUCCAUUAGCCUGAAGAUGCUCAGCAUCUUCUGGCUCAAUCACAAUGAGAUAUUUUUCUUAUCUUGCCUUGUACAGAUGUUCUUCAUCCACUGUUUCACAUCUUUAGAGUCUGGAGUCCUUAUGGCAAUGGCCUUUGAUAGAUACAUGGCUAUCUGUAAUCCUCUGCAUUACACAAGUGCUUUAACCAACACAUUAAUAGUGAAAAUAGUAAUGUCCUUGGUGAUAAGAGGUAUCGUGAUAGUGACCCCCUGCCCGUGGAUGGCCAGUAGACUACCAUACUGCCAGACUCUCCACAUCCCCCACUCCUACUGCGACCACAUGGCCGUCGUGAAGUUAGCCUGUACGGAUACUACCAUCAACAGUGCCUAUGGCUUGACUGUGGUCUUGAUAGUCAUUGUGUUUGAUGUGUCCUCCAUCGCCGUUUCCUAUGUUUUUAUAUUGAGGACAAUUUUGAGACUUUCCUCUGCGAACUCCAAAAAUAAAGCUUUUGGAACAUGUACAUCCCACAUUAGUAUCAUCGUCAUGUUCUACACCCUGGGACUGUUCUCCUUCCUGACUCAAAGGAUAGGUCAUAUAAAUCUAUACAUCCAUGUCAUGCUGUCCUUCCUCUAUUUGCUCAUCCCACCAACUCUAAACCCCAUCAUCUACGGUGUGAGGACCCAGGAGAUCCGCACCGCAGCUCUCCAUCUCUUUACACGCACUGUUACAUAA